CGUGGACUGUCGUGAUUUCUCUGAGUGCGCACGUCCGGUACGGCGCGUGCACAGCUCGAGGCGUCACGGCAGCGCGUGACGUAGGUUGACCUUUGUCCUCUGACAACUUUGAUUAUACUCAUCUGCUCCUCAUCCUGUGCCCGGGAUCAACGAGAGGAAGAAACUCACUAACAAAACUCUGUGUCUCUCUUGUCCAACUGGACAGUUCAGUCAGAUUCAGGGUCAACCUUUUGACUGCCUCUGUCACGUUGCCUUUAUAAAGCUGUUCCAGUGUAAUAGCUUUAUUAAGGCAUCGUGGCAGUGUGAGCUGAUUAAUUUUAUUGUGCAAUAUUUAACUUUAACCAAUCAUAAUGAAGUGUUUAACCUAUAACUGCUGUUUUUUGUCAGCAGAGAGUGCUCUCUUUACACUCUCUUCUCACAUGGAUGUAAUAACUGUAUGAUUAUGUGUAGCUGUCUGCAGUAGUCCUGCUGCUGUGAUGAGGAGCCCAGUGUCUGCAGGAGGUGUGGGGGCUGUACUCUGCUUAAUAAGGCCUUCUUUUAGACUGGAUAACACUCAAAUCGCAGUUCUCCUCCCACUGCAGUUUGUCCUGAUUCCACAUGAAAACGUGCUGGCACAGAGCCAGCCUCUGCACAGCCCCCAGCUCAUGAGUCAGAGAACAGGCAAAGCUCUAUCACCGCAGCUCCACAUCCGUGCAGGAUGUGCUACGGUCCUGACAUCUGGAAACUCAGCACUUCACACACUUUAAGUCAGAACACAUGUCAGCACAAUCCCUUUCACACCACUGAUGGCAUUAUUAUGCUAAACUUCACAGUAAGCACUAAGCAUGUGGUAUCACAUGAGUUAUUACCUGUGUCAUUAUUGUUAUACAAUAUAGGAAACAGUUAAUUUGCAUAAUCUAUUUCUUCUACAUGGAAUGUUGUGAAAAAUACUUGAUAUUGAAAAAUACUAUUAAAUGUAUUAUAUAAAAUGCAGAGGUCCUCUGAAUAAGCACAGUUGUGUACCACUGCACCACAUGUCAUUCCCUUCACUUACUGACACUGGAGAGUCCAGUCUAGUGUUGUGCAGCUACAUUAAAGUCCGCCAUCUGUCUCCCCAUGAACUACAGCUGUACAUGCACUAAAAUAAUGACCAUUUAGUAUUUCUUAUUAUUAGCACUAAUGGCUUAUGAUGCAAUAUGAGAAUGUAAAUAUGUAAUGUAAAUAUCAUCUGUAACAUAACUUGAAAGAUAAACUAGUAAGCUAGAACACUAUCCACUGAGGUCAAGUGACGGGCAUCUCCCUGUGUCCCAAAUAAAGUUAAAAUUAAGUUUUUUGAGGUGCCCUUCAUGGAAAAGUGCUUCGGAUAUGUUUUCUAAUUGUUUAAUAAAACGUUCAUACAUUCAUAUGGAUGCGGUAAUAAGCCCUUGUGAGGAUUUGUAGCAGCACUGUGCACUGAUAAAGCCUGCUUGUAUUUGUACCUCUCUUACUAAUGUGCGUUUAUUCCUGUGUUCUGUUCCUGUUGUUGGUCUACUAUGCUUUGCCUUUGCGAAGGAAGGCUGGCAUCCUGCCCAGCCUGGAGGACCUGCUCUUCUACACCAUCGCAGAGGGACAGGAGAAGAUCCCAGCGCAUAAGUUCACCACCGCUCUUAAGUCCACUGGGCUGAGAACUGGAGACCCUCGACUCAAAGAAUGUAUGGAGAUGCUCAAGGUGACUGUGAAGACCACGUCAGAUGGAGCUCUGGACCGACACCUCUUCAAGAAAUGUGUUCAGAGCAACAUAGUCCUGCUGACCCAAGCCUUCAGGAAGAAGUUUGUCAUUCCAGACUUCCAGCCUUUCUGUGCACACAUUGAUGAGCUGUACGAUAACGCCAAGAACCUGUCAGGAGGACAGGUAGCAGAUUACAUUCCCCAGUUGGCCCGCUUCAGCCCAGACCUGUGGGCUGUGGCUCUGUGUACUGUGGAUGGACAGAGACACACAGUUGGCGACACCAAAGUUCCCUUCUGUCUUCAGUCGUGUGUGAAACCUUUAAAAUAUGCCAUCGCUGUCCAUGACCACGGCACAGAGUAUGUCCACCGCUUCAUCGGCAAAGAGCCCAGUGGUCUGCGCUUCAACAAGCUCUUCCUCAAUGAAGAUGAUAAACCACACAACCCAAUGGUUAAUGCUGGAGCUAUUGUCUGCACCUCCCUCAUAAAGCAAGGGGCCAGUAACGCAGAGAAGUUUGAUUAUGUUAUGAACUUCAUGAACAAACUGGCUGGAAACGAGUAUGUGGGCUUCAGCAAUGCCACGUUCCAGUCAGAGCGGGAGUCUGGAGACAGAAACUUUGCCAUCGGCUACUACCUGAAAGAGAAAAAGUGUUUUCCAGAGGGCACAGACAUGACAUCGAUUCUGGACUUCUACUUCCAGCUGUGCUCCAUUGAGGUGACCUGUGAGAGUGCCAGCGUCAUGGCGGCCACACUGGCCAACGGCGGCUUCUGUCCAAUCACAGGAGAGCGUGUGCUGAGCCCGGAGGCGGUGAGGAACACUCUGAGCCUGAUGCACUCCUGUGGCAUGUACGACUUCUCAGGGCAGUUUGCCUUCCAUGUGGGACUGCCCGCUAAAUCCGGGGUGGCUGGUGGGAUCCUGCUGGUAGUUCCAAAUGUCAUGGGCAUCAUGUGCUGGUCUCCUCCUCUGGACAAACUGGGCAACAGUGUGAGGGGCAUCCAGUUCUGCACGGACCUCGUUUCUCUUUGUAACUUCCAUAACUAUGACAAUCUAAGACACUUUGCAAAGAAGUUGGAUCCUCGACGAGAGGGAGGGGACCAGAGGGUAAAGUCUGUCAUUAACUUACUGUUUGCUGCCUACACUGGAGAUGUGUCUGCUCUAAGGAGGUUUGCCCUGUCUUCCAUGGACAUGGAGCAGAGGGACUAUGACUCCAGAACAGCUCUACAUGUGGCCGCAGCAGAAGGUCAUGCUGAGGUAGUGCGCUUCCUACUGGAGGCCUGUAAGGUCAACCCGGUGCCCAAAGACAGGUGGGGCAACACUCCUAUGGACGAAGCCGUGCAUUUUGGUCACCAUGACGUUGUGACUAUCCUGAGAGAUUACCACAACAAAUACAGCCCCUCAGACAGCAGCACCAGCAAGGACAAGCAGAGUGCUGAGAAGAACCUCGAUGGGAUGCUCUGAGUGAACCCUCCUACACGCACACUACACCACACAUUGGACCCCAGGACCAGGGGACCUACAUAAGCACACUACAGGGAUGAUUCCUCCACACCCUUCAGUACACCCUCCAGUAUCCUCUGUACUCAGUGUUGUCCUGUACUUUAGAUGUAGCCAAACACUGUUUUGGACCAGCUCUGGUCUUUGUUUUGUUUGAAUUUCUGUUAAGCAGAGUUUCCAUAGGAGAGGUACAGUAUGGAAGGGCUGGGCUUGGUAAAAUUUGAGGAGGUUAAUAUUGUAAGAAUGAAACAGCUGCGUCUGAAGCUCUUGGUUUCACCUGUAUCAAGAUUUAUUUAAGCUAGUGAACUGCACUUUUAGAUUGGGCUCCAUUAGUUGAAGUGGGAGAGAGUCACAGUUCAGUGAUUCACUGCAUCUCCUGAGCCUUCCUGUACUGUAGUACCUACUGCUAUGGAGGCUGCCCCCAUGUGGCCAGAUGGAUCAUGGCAAAACUUGUUUCUUUUUGUGUGUGUGUGGAUUUUUGUCUCAUCACCAUCACAUGAUGGAAUGUACUUUCUUUAACACAGUGUGAUGUGUGUAUGUAUUUAUGAUAUGUAUAACUGUAUAUUGAUGUAGUGUGAAUAUUCAGAAAGGUAGUUUGUAAAUAAAUAUGUUUAGAUGUAAAGAUGUCAGUGAAACUGAAGCAUUCUGAUUCUACAUUUGACUUGACUUCAAAUAUAGACACUAUUUAAAGAUUAUUGAUGCUCUUAUACAUAUGCUCCUCAGAGACUGCUUACUGAGAGUGAGCAGCUGAUUAGGAUUUCUAAGCAUGCUAUUAAUACUACUAAUGAAAUAUUUGAAACAGUAUGAACAGUUAACCAUACUUUUUUCAAAUUAUGAGUGUGUGAAACAGCCCUCUGAGGAGCACAUGGUGACAGCAUAUAUGAAUUAUAUUUUCUUUUCCUCUCUGCAGAAAAUAGAUAAUUAUGCCUUCAAAAUGUGCAGAUGUUUAAUACAUUGUUUUUGUUUGUUUUGUUUCCAAAGAUUUGUCACUGUUCAUGUGUUUAAUUAUGUGCUGUUUAUUUCUUUUUCAACUGUAGUAUUUUUGUACUUUUGUUUUGUAUGUCUUUUAGUGAUGGUAUUAGAUCAGGGUAUGGUGACAGUGAAAGCGCUACAUAUCAACUCGUACACUGCCAGCUGUCUUCAGCGCCCUUUCAUUUCUGUCUCAAUUAUUGACCAACAGUGAGUUUGUGAGGUUCAUAUUUGAAUGACUGAUGGCUUUUGGACGGCAGCUUCUGGACUAAUGCAAUGUAUGUAAGAAUUAUAACAAAUUCUGCCAAAGCAAUCCCUAACACGUUUUAUGAAGCACUGAGUUUUUUGUGUGUUGGCAAAAUGGAUGUUGUUUCUUAGACCAUUUAUAAAAUCUACACAUUGACGUUUUCAAAUUUAAACUUGUAAAAGUUCUCAAAAGCACAAAGCGCCAGCAAUAUCAUGUACGAUUGUUUGCUUAGUAGUGGCUUACUGGUUUAUUCUGCAUUGUCCAGUGGUGGUUGUCUGUAUUUAAUAAUUGAUAAUGAAUUAUUCUGAAUGUAUGUUUUUAUGUAAACAUUUGCUGCUUUUUUUGUGAGUAACUAUGUGCUACACUAACAUUAUUAUUUUAAAUUAAAAGACCGAAAAAUAUU